UGCCGCUCGAGUGUUCGGCGAAUCGACAGGUUGCGCCUGUUGCCAGCGUGUUGCCGAGGGGAGUGAAGUCUGGUUUGGUUUCAUUUGACUUCGGUGCAAUCACUUACUUUUUAUGAAAAAAAAUGGCGAGGGAAAACACAAUGAAACUGUCAAAGAACCUGCUAAGAAUGAAGUUUAUGCAGAGGAGUUUGGAUACAGAGACCAAGCAGCAAUUGGAAGAGGAGGAGAGAAAGAUAAUUAGUGAUGAGCACUGGUAUUUGGACUUGCCAGAACUGAAAGAAAAAGAAAAUCAUAUUAUUGAAGAAAAAAGUUUUGUGCCAUGUGAAGAGUUGCUGUUUGGCCGAAUGUCCUUUAAAGGUUUUAACCCUGAGAUUGAGAAACUGGUGGCACAGAUGUAUUCCAAGAAUGAAAAUGAAGAGCCUGAAGAUCAGAGCAAGAUGGAUGUAGAUGUUUCAGAUGAAGAAAUGGCUAGGAGAUAUGAAAGCUUAGUGGGAUCUAUAAAAAGGAAAUUUACCAAAAAACGAGAUCGAUCUGCUGUUCAAAAUGAAGAAACAGAAGGUAGCACUACUAGAGGUGGUAAAGUCAAGAAGACAUUCAUUAAGCCUCAAGAAUAAAUUGCAGAAGUAUAAUUUUGAAUGUUUUCAUUAAAAAAGGGAUGAACUUCCUGUCUGGGACUCUGCAGCAGCUGGCUGCUUGUUGUUAAUUAAGGAAAUGUAUGGUUUGUCUGUAUCCUAAGUUUGGAGCUGGAAAGUUUUGCAGCUUGCUGCAUAGAGUAUUUUGUGAAGAGAAACGAUUUUGCUGUUUCCUUGUAUUGAAAAGUUGCUGGAUGUUUUCUUUGCAAUCCAGCAGUAUAUUGUACCACCUGCUCAAGUAAUCAGUUCAAUUAUGUUUAAUAUUGACUUUAAGGGAAAGCUAUCUUGAGACAAAACAAUAUCAAACUCCAAAUUAAUAUAUAUGGUUUUACAGUUCUGAAAGAAAAUAAUGUAGUUUUCUCUUCCUGUGGGAUUUUCUACUUAAAGUGGUGCCAUGGUAGUGUAGUGGUUAGCGUGCAGUAUUAUAACUCGGCAUUUCAGAGUUCAAUUCUGGCAGUUCUGUAAGGAGUCUCUAUACGUUCUCCCCAUGGACUGUGUGGGUUUUCUCUGGGUCCUGUAGUUUCCUCCCACAGUCCAAAGACUGACUGGGCAGUUUAACUGAUCAUUGUAAAAUUGUCCUGAGGUUAGGUUAGGCUUAAUCAGGGUUGUGUGGUUGCUGAGGUGGUGUGGCUCAAAGGACCAGAAGGCCCUGCUCUGAGUUGUAUCACCAAAUAAAUAAAUAAAUAGAAUGUAAUACUAAAAAUAUAAAUAUUCUGUGAUAGAGAUGUUCAGGUUUUCUUAUUCUGUAAGAUGUAUUUAUAAUAUGAAUUCGGAAGCUGAAUCAAGUAUGUGAGGAUUUGAAGUCCUUGAUAUCUAAGCUAGAUUCCAUAAAAAUCCAGACAUUAAAUUUGUACAUGAUACCAUUUUGUCUGUCAUUCUCUAGAAAAGGGUGGUAGUGUGAUUAGCUCUGAACUACUGAAAUCAUUUAUUCAUGGUAAAUUGGAAAGUCGCUUGAGAUAUAAAACAAAACCAUUACAUCAUUUAACAUGCAAUGUAUCAUACAACAUAUUUGAGCAUCAUGUGGAAUUUCAACUUGUUCUGUAAAAUUAAAGUACAUUUAAAAAUUGGAAUUUUGAAUGCCUUUAUAUACAAAAAGUAAUAUAUAUUAGUUUAAAAAUAUUACUGUUUAUUAAACUUGUAUAUUUUGAGAUGUAUUUUUGAUGAGUAAAUUGAAAUGUCCAUAUUUGAAUGCACAUCCAUGGAAGUCCCAAACUCUCUGUUUGGAGCAGCAGGCGUUUACCAGCAAAAUCUGGACCUUUGGGAUUCAAUUAAUGCAACUACAAGCAAUGAGUACAUAAAGAUAAGAUGCAACUAAGUACUGAUAGCAUGCUGGGAGUAUAUAGGUUUUGGGGAGAAGAAAUUUCAAAAUGGGUAAUAUCAGUUUUGUUUUGUGAAUAUUUCUUAACCAUAAUUUUUAUUUCAUCAUGUAGUAUGAUCAGAAAUCAGGAAAGGACAGAGUAACUUGACUGGUUUUUGUUUAACAGCUUCUGCUUUAUCACUGCUGAAGUGGGGUGAGAGCAGUUUAACUGCAGAUUGUUAGUUCAAAAUGGAAUGCUUUGUAUAUCUGAAUAAAUGCAAUCAGAUCAAAAUGGAUGACUUGACAAAUCGCAACAACUUCAGAUAAUCCAGAAAGUUUGGCUACUUUUGUUUCAUGCUCCAAUCGUAUUUAUUGUUUACAAGAUUUUUCUAUUUUAUAUUACCAUAUUAAAUAUUUGGUUGAAGUCAAAUCCAGAUUGUUGGAAUAAAAAUUUCUAUGCUGGAAUUAAGGCUCUUGUAUAUGAUGCCUUUGGACAGUCUAUGUAUUUGCCACUGCAUAGAUCUGCAUUAGUCAAUCUAUGCAGAGAGCCUGAUAGGUAUUUUGUAUUGGAAACUAAAAUUGUUUAUGUUGUACAAUAAGGAACAACCUUUCGUAGAGUCCAGACGUGUUGAAAUGCGAAAGCAGUGUUUUCUUCUCCCAUCAUUGUAAUAGGUAGGAAUUCAUGAAACAAACAUAUGAUCCUUGAAAACUCUCCAGCAAUAAGCCUCACUCACCAUGAUGACAAAUAUCUGAAAAGAAGCAUGUCCAUUUUAUGUAGGAUCUGUGCUAAACAACAUUCAGAAUUUCAUCUGGAAUCUACAUACAUCAAUUUUCCCUUAUGCUUUCCUCUCUGGAACCUAUCCUAUUACAAAACAAUACUCUGAAAAUAAUAUUCUUUUUCAUUCAUUUAUGUGCCAGUUGUUGGUGUAGAUGUGCCCCCCCACCCCCCCCAGACUUUGAUUAGUUUGGUCAGCAUAGAUCUUAAUUUAAAUAAUAAACCACUUUAAAAUAAAAGUGUUUAAAAAGAUAACCAGUUAGUUUGCUGCUUCUGAAUUUUCAUGGUCAUCAAUGGCUACAAGAGCUAAUCUGAUAAUAUGAAAUUAGUAAUACACUGGAUUCCAGUUAAUUGGGACACAGCGAGACCAGUACAUUUUGGCCUAAUUAAGUGGCUAUCCCAGUUAACCAAGAUACGCUGUGUAUAACUUUCAAUCUCAUUUUGAUGAAAUGGGGCAUUUUCGUAGUAUCUAUGAAUAUUUGCUGGCUCAUCUGUAGAUGAGAGCUGUACAUUCUAGAAUGUAAGGAUCUAAGAUUGUGAGGAGCUGCAAUGUCUGUAAAUCUGAAUCCAGUGUGUAACACUAUUGAAGUUGGACUAUCUUAAGUAUUAUUAGUAUUUUGAUAUACAAUGGUCAACAAUUAUGUGAAGAGCUAUUUGGGUACUGCAGCACGGUAGGAAUAACAACAUUUCUGCAUUACAAAUGCAGCAAGGACUAUAUUGAUUUUCAUUGUCAAUAUCUCAUAGAACACUUGGGAACUUUGUAAGUGACUCUUACCUCAGUGGUUGGUAAGUUGAUGGAGAAGAUCCUGAGAGGCAGGAUUGAUGAACAUUUGGAGAGGUAUAAUGUGAUUAGGAGUAGUCAGCAUGGCUUUGUCAAGGGCAGGUCAUGCCUUAGCAGCCUGAUUGAACUUUUUGAGGAUAUGACUGAACACAUUGAUGAAGGAAGAGCGGUAGAUUUAGUGUAUAUGAAUUUCAGUAAGGUAUUUGAUAAGGUACCCCAUACAAGGCUUAUUGAGAAAGUAAGGAGGCAUAGGAUCCAAGGGGACAUUGCUUUGUGGAUCCAGAACUAGCUUGCCUGGAGAAGGUUGUAGACGGGUCAUAUUCCGCAUGGAGGUCGGUCACCAGUGGGGUGCCUCAGGGAUCUGUUCUGGGACCCUUACUCUUCACGAUUUUUAUAAAUGACCUGGAUGAGGAAGUAGAAGGAUGGGUUAGUAAGUUUGCUGAUGACGCAAAGUUUGGGGGUAUUGUGGAUAGUGUGGAGGGCUGUCAGAGGUUAUAGCAGGACAUUGAUAGGAUACAAAACUGGGCUGAAAAGUGGCAGAUGGAGUUCAACCCAGAUAAGUGUGAAGUGGUUCAUUUUGGUAGGUCAAAUAUGAUGGCAGAAUAUAGUAUUAAUGGUAAGACUCUUGACAGUGUGGAGGAUCAGAGGGAUCUUGGGGUCCGAGUCCAUAGGGCACUCAAAGCAGCGUCCUAUUCUGUGGUUAAGAAGGCAUACAGUAUAUUGGCCUUCAUCAAUCGUGGAAUUGAAUUUAGGAGCCGAGAAGUGAUGUUACAGCUAUAUAGGACCCUGGUCAGACCCCACUUGAAGUACUGUGCUCAGUUCUGGUUGCUUCACUACAGGAAAGAUGUGGAAGCCAUAGAAAGGGUGCAGAGGAGAUUUACAAGGAUGUUGCUUGGAUUGGGGAUUAUGCCUUAUGAGAAUAAGUUGAGUGAACUCGGCCUUUUCUCCUUGGAGCGACGGAGGAUGAGAGGUGACCUGAUAAAGGUGUAUAAGAUGAUGAGAGGCAUUGAUUGUGGAUAGUCAGAUGAUUUUUCCCAGGGCUGAAACGGUUGCCACAAGAGGAACCAGGUUUAAGGUGCUGGGGAGUAGGUACAGAGGAGAUGUCAGGGGUUAGCUUUUUUACUCAGAGAGUGGGGAGUGCGUGGAAUGGGCUGCCGGCAACAGUGGUGGAGAUGGAUACAAUCGGGUCUUUUAAGGGACUGUUGGAUAGGUACAUGGAGCUUAGUAAAAUAGAGGGCUAUAGGUAAGCCUAGUAAUUUCUAAGGUAAGGACAUGUUCCGCACAGCUUUGUGGGCCGAAGGGCCUGUAUUGUGCUGCAGGUUUUCUAUGUUCUAUGUAAGAAAAACCAGUGAGUCGCUUUGUAAAGACUGAAUUUUAAAUUUGGAGCUUAUCAGGUGUGAUGUGAAAAAUAUUUUCCAUAAUAUUAUUUUUCUUCUAAAUCAUGUAUUGUAUUGAACUGCUGCUGCUAAGUUAACAAAUUUCACAUUACAUGCCAGUGAUAAUAAACAUGAUUUUGAUUCUGAUAAUCGUCAAUGUAGUUAUACCCAUUGUCACAAAAGGAUGUGUUCCUUUGUUGCAGAGUACCACUUUUACCUCAGACUUUCUGGCUUUAUUGAUCUGAGCCAAAGCUCCAGAUACCUAGCGUCACAUAUUGUAGUUUCAGAAUAGAGUGGAAAAUGCUGAAGAUCUGAGCAAUUUGCAAUCCUCUUGUAUUAUGCCCACUGAUAUAUCUUUAAAAAUAAAUUGGUUACUCUCAUUGCUGACAAGUUCUGUGACCUCCUUGUUUAUCACAUUUGUCAUCCUGCUAACUAUCAUUUGAGAUAAAUAGCAUACACUAAGUAAAUGCGUACCUAUCAAAUAGCAUGGAAAUUGUACAAGUAUGUAAAAGGUAUUUGAAUUUUUCAAUUUGUGACUGCAUUAAGGAAUGUAAAGCUUCAUUUGGGCUUUUGGUAUUUCUGCACAACAAUGCACUCAAUGGGCCAAUUUAUGAGGUACACCUGUACACGUGUUGUUAAUGCAAAUAUCUAAUCAGCCAGUCAAUGCAUAAAACCAUGCAGAUGUUGUCAAGAUGGUCUUGUUGUUCAAACCAAACAUCAAAAUGGGGAAGAAAUGUGAUUUAAAUGACUUUGACCAUGGAAUCAGAAUCAGAAUUAGGUUUAUUACCACCAGCAUGUGUCGUGCAAUUUAUUAACUUAGCAGCAGUUCAAUGCAGUACAUAAUAUAGAAGAAGAGGGGGGAAAAAAAUCAAUCAAUUACAAUAUAUGUAUGUUGAAUAGAUUAAGAAUCAUGCAAAAAAGCAGAAAUAAUAAUAUAUUCAAAAAGUGAGGUCUUGUUCACGCGUUCAGUGUUCUCUUGGGAAUCGGAUGGCAGAGGGGAAGAACCUGUUCCUGAAUCGCUGAGUGUGUACCUCCUACCUGAUGGUAACAGUGAGAAAAGGGCAUGCCCUAGUUGUUGGAGGUCCUUAAUAAUGGACACUGCCUUUCUGAGACACUGCUCCUUGAAGAUGUCCUGGGUACCUAGGCUAGUACCCAAGAUGGAGCCACUAAAUUU